AUGGCAGCCUCCCUCACUCCAGCUCUCUCUCUAUCCUCUCCCCCACCCAACAGCUUUCUAGCUCUGUCUCUUCCCCACACAACAGAUCUGUCUACCUCUACUCCCCCACCCAACAGCUCUCUAGCUCUGUCUCUUCCCCACACAAUAGAACUGUCUACCUCCACUCCCCCACCCAACAGCUCUCUAGCCCUGUCUCUUCCCCACACAACAUAUCUGUCUACCUCCACUCCCCCACCCAACAGCUCUCUAGCUCUGUCUCUUCCCCACACAAUAGAACUGUCUACCUCCACUCCCCCACCCAACAGCUCUCUAGCCCUGUCUCUUCCCCACACAACAGAUCUGUCUACCUCUACUCCCCCACCCAACAGCUCUCUAGCUCUGUCUCUUCCCCACACAACAGAUCUGUCUACCUCUACUCCCCCACCCAACAGCUCUCUAGCUCUGUCUCUUCCCCACACAAUAGAACUGUCUACCUCUACUCCCCCACCCAACAACUCUCUAGCUCUGUCUCUUCCCCACACAAUAGAACUGUCUACCUCCACUCCCCCACCCAACAGCUCUCUAGCUCUGUCUCUUCCCCACACAAUAGAACUGUCUACCUCUACUCCCCCACCCAACAACUCUCUAGCUCUGUCUCUUCCCCACACAAUAGAACUGUCUACCUCCACUCCCCCACCCAACAGCUCUCUAGCUCUGUCUCUUCCCCACACAACAGAUCUGUCUACCUCCACUCCCCCACCCAACAACUCUCUAGCUCUGUCUCUUCCCCACACAAUAGAACUGUCUACCUCCACUCCCCCACCCAACAACUCUAUAGCCCUGUCUCUUCCCCACACAAUAGAUCUGUCUACCUCCACUCCCCCACCCAACAACUCUAUAGCCCUGUCUCUUCCCCACACAAUAGAUCUGUCUACCUCUACUCCCCCACCUAACAGCUCUCUAGCUCUGUCUCUUCCCCACACAAUAGAACUGUCUACCUCCACUCCCCCACCCAACAACUCUAUAGCCCUGUCUCUUCCCCACACAAUAGAUCUGUCUACCUCUACUCCCCCACCCAACAGCUCUCUAGCUCUGUCUCUUCCCCACACAAUAGAACUGUCUACCUCUACUCCCCCACCCAACAGCUCAUUAGCUCUGUCUCUUCCCCACACAACAGAUCUGUCUACCUCUACUCCCCCCACCCAACAGCUCUCUAGCCCUGUCUCUUCCCCACACAAUAGAUCUGUCUACCUCCACUCCCCCACCCCAACAGCUCUCUAG